AUGUUUUCAGAGGCUCAAAAGAAUGCCGCUGCCGCUGCAUUUGCUCAGAGACCACCAACAGGUUUCAUGCCGCCGCCUUUCUUCCCUCCCGGCUUUCCUGUACCUGGUCGACCAAUGCCGCCAACCAACCCAGAUGACGCUUGGAAUGAGUAUACUGCUCCCGAUGGACGUAAAUAUUACUUCAAUGCGAUUACUCAAGAGAAUACAUGGGAUAAACCACAAGUACUGAUCGACAGAGAAGCAGGAAAAGUGCCUGAUGCGCAGAAUGCUGCUAUAGCACAUUCGCAAGCGGCAGCGAUUGCUGCAACAACGGUUGCAGCAGCAACGACAGCUGUAGCCCCGGUCGGAGUAAUGGGAGGAAUGGGCAUGCCGCUUGAUGCGAUUGCAGAGGCGCAAGCGAAAGCGCAAGCAGCGUUGGCUGAAUAUUUAGCGCAGGUUGGUUUAGAUUUCGAUAUUGUUUCCUUGUCGGUACUAUUAUCAGCAGAAGAAAACCCAAAAUAUGACAAGGCACCUCUCCCUAAAACACAUCUUUGA